AUGGCGGCGGGGGGGCUGCCGGCGGCGGGCCCGGCCGAGCCCAACCCCUUCUCCUUCCACGAGUUCGUCCGCAGCAAGGCCCGGAGCAGCGAGGAGGCGGCCGGUGCCCGCCAGGCGGCGCGGCCCGGCCCGAGCCUCGGCCCCCUCUUAUUCCCGGAUCCGGCGCCGUCCGGAGAGGCGGAGGACGAGGAGGAGGAAUGGAGCGGGAGCUACCAGCCCUUGGCCGUGGAGCAGGCCCACCUCACCGCCGCGGGCCCCGCCUCGCCCUCCGCCGGCUCCUUCUUCUGCGAGGGCGUGGGGCUGGCAGGCAGCGAGGAGCCGAGCGUGACCUCCCUCGGAGCCCCCCCGGGGCCGGGCUUUCACUCCCUGCGGCAGCCCAGCUACGAGGAGCUAAAAGAAGAGAAUGCCAGUUUGAGAAGCAAGAUCAAUAAGCUUCAGAUUUUCUCUGAAACUCAAGCAGACAAGAUGAGGAAGCUUGAAAAAAAGCUUGAGGAAAACAAAAUUAAAGAAGAAAAAGAAGCACAGGAUUUGGAAGCAAUGGUGCAGCACGUGGAACAAAAUCUCCAGCUGAUGACUAAACGGGCUGUUAAAGCAGAAAACAAUGCUACAAAACUGAAACAGGAAAACGCGCUACUUCAGGUUCAGCUGAAGAAUUACAAGACGGAGAAUGAAGCCUUGAGGUCGGGCCAGUCGGCGAGUCUGGCCGUGGUGAAACAAAACGCAGACCUCGCCUUACAGAACCUUCUCACGGUUAUAACGAACUCCCGGUCUUCGAUCAAGCAGCUGGUCUCCGGAGCAGAAUCACUGCAGCUCGUCGCCGAUCUCCUUAAAUCAAUAGACAGAAUUUCUGAAGUGUCAGAAGAUGGACAGUAGAACUACAAAACGGACUCAAAUGGAGAACUUUGCUUUCAUGCCAAAACCAUUCCUUAAAAGUUAAUUUCUGAUAUUUGACCUCGUCACAACAUGCGAAGCUGUCAGCGCUGCUGCAGAACCGCCUUUGCCAGCUCUACCCACCGCGCAGCCACGGCCACCGGGUCGCUAAAGCCCGAACGGACAAGAGUACGUCCCUGUUCCUGCUAGGCUGGGACCACGGCCCCGUCUCCCCUCGCACCCCGCAUUCCCGUGAGCACCCCGGGUUUUGGCCGGGACUCCCCUUGCCUUUCUCCCCCCAUCAGGGCGUUCCUCGCCGCGGAGGGAAAAGGGGUUGGUGGGGGUUCGUGCAGCGCGGCGAGUCCCCGAGGCUGCGGCGGGGCUCGGCCUCGGGAGGCAGUUUGUAAUCCUCAUCCCGGCCGCUGUGUAACGGGUUUUGUGGAGCUAUUAAAGCCCGCGGAGGUGGCG